UGUGUGAAAUCAAAUGGCAUGCUCUCAAGCUAAUCAAUUCUCCACCAACAAAACACAGCCACAGGUGCCAAAUUCUCCACCAAAAGAAGAAAAAUCUAAAACAGAGUACUCAUUCUUAAAAUAUUGAAGCAUGGGGGACUGCUGUGAAGGAAAGGAAGAAAGAAGUAUUAAGGGUCAUUGAGUAUAGACCCAUUACUUCUUUCCCCCACUAAUUUCAGAAAAAAUCCACCACCACCACCACUACCAACAACAACAACAACAAACCCAUCUCUCCCCACAACAUAUUCUUCAUAGUUCAUCCUUCACUAUAAAUACUUAAACUUCUCUGUUCUUGUUUCUCUCCCUCUCCCAUCUCAAUCUCCAAACCCAGAACAAAAUCCAUUCAGGUGAGUGAGUUAUUACAGAAGAGAGAAACAACAUGGCUCCUAGGUUGAAGCUGGUGGAUUCAUCUCUGAGACUCACAGCAAUUCCCCUGAGUGUUGCAACACUCUGCCUCACUGUCACAAACCACCAGGACAACGCCGAUUUAGGCCCUGUUGCCUACAAAAACAUUCAAGGCCUCGAUUACAUGGCUUGGAUCAGUGGGAUAUGUGCUGCUUAUGCACUGUUUGCUGCUCUGACCAUUUGGUUCAUCAAAUGCUCUGCCUCCAAACCCUGGCUCUUCUUCCUCUUUGACCAGAUGAUAACGUAUCUAAUGGUGACAUCUGGAGCUGGAGUGUCGGAGAUAGUGUACUUGGCUUACUACGGCGACCGGACGGUGUCGUGGAGUGAAGCCUGCCGCUCCUAUCCCAGCUUCUGCAGCAGAAUGAAGCUUGCUGUGAUUCUCCAUGCUCUGGCUCUCUUCUGCUUCAUUGCUUUCACUGUCAUCUCUGCUUACAGAGCCUUCAGCUUGUUUGAACCUCCUUCCCUUGCUUCUUCCAAGGAAGUUGAAGAAGCAGAUAACACUACUGCCAGAGCUGCUGCUGCCUGAUUGUUGUGCGGUGUGAAAUUGUUGUUUGUUGUUGAAGUACAGAGAUUUAGAAAGUUGCAAACUUUCCCCCCCUUCGUUUUACUGAUGUUCUUCUGCAGGUCCUAAUGAAUGAAUCCUGUAUAAUAGAUGUCACUGAAGAAAAUGCUAAACUGUUCUUACUUUGAGAAAUUUGUCCUUUUGUUGGUCUGUGUGUUCAUAUGCAAUACCACAUGUUACAUGCCAUUGAUGAGCUAUUUAGAAGCUCUCUGUUACUGUUACAGAAAACCAUGGCUGUGAAAAGUAAAGAAAGGA